AUGGCGGAGGACCUGCACAAGCCUUACUCUUCCUACUGCGGGACCAGCGGCGCGCUGAGCAGUUUGGACUUCGGCCAGCUCUUUGCAGGCGACGCAGCCACUGGCAAGACAACAUGCAAGUUUGCUCCUCUUGUUCGGUUCGGCGAUUUCAUGGACACCGGGAUCGUGCGCCAAAAGACCACGACCAACUGGCCCGAUUGGAACCACCUCCUUGCGGAGAAUUAUGUGGAAUGUGCCGAGGGUGAAGGCCUGACAGCCUUCAAACUGGAGGCCGGGCGCAACCUCUACCGCCCCAUGGCAAAUAGUUCAGGUGGCCUUGGCUCAUGCUUCGACUACUACAGCGCACAGGUGGAGAUUGCCAGCUUCGGACAGUCCAUCAACAAUUGGGCAAAGCCAAUCCGAAUGAUGCACGUCAGCUGCGGGCAAAACGCGGUUCUUGGAAGCUUCCAUUUUGAAUUUUCAGAGGGAGGCAAGUGGGGCCGUGUACGCUAUCAAUGCUGCAAAGCGGGUGGCGCUCCCGUCAGCUUUGACCCCCGUGGGCAGCUGGCGGAGUUAGUUAGCCGCCAUGAGGGCGUCUUUUGCCCCACCAGCCGCGAUCACCUCACUGGCCGAGUGAAGUUUGAGGGUGGAAACGGACACCAGCUGUCCUUUCAGCGAGAAUCAGGCAAGUGGUGCAUUGGCACUUAUUGUUCCGACGUCACGAACAGCGCGACCCCUCUUGGCAUCAAAGGGGCGCCCUUUGAAGUCGUCAAUGUCAGCGACUUCGACGGAGAAUUUUUGGGACAGAUGCCGAAGGAGGAGAGCAAGGCUCUGUCGUUGGCGGAGGCUCUGCGCAUGAAGCCUCCCCGGCGACCCCCGCAGCCCAAGAUGCCGGAGCUGGCCGAAUUCAAAGCUGAGCAACCCAAGUAUGCCGCCGAGUGCCUCAACUACGAAAAUCUUUGGAAGGAUGUGACUGAGACCUUCAAGGACGAGGAGGACGAAGAAGUGCAAACAACGUCCAAGCUGGAAGCCGAUCCCGCAACCAAGGACAAGGACAUGGUCUCGUACCAUCCGUGCGAGGUUGCCAAGGGCGCGGGCGGCAUCUUUGGCCCAUGGGGCAAAGGUGACGGCUCAACGGCUCCCGAGAACAUGAUGUAUGCAGACUGGAACGACUGCAUGCAAGGAGACAUCGAGCGCGAUUUGGCUGCUGCUCAGCUGGACUACCACGGAGCACUUACUGAUUUCAUCAUGGACCUGACUGAGGAGACCAUGGGGGCAGUGUGUGGAGUCAUCCCUGAUGUCAUGAUUGCCCCUUUUGGUGCCGGUGUUGCGCUGAAUCCAGGAGAGAUUUGCAACGGAAUAUCAGAACUCAUCGGCGCAAUCAGCAACUUUGCAGGGCCGAUCAGUGGCUUCCACUUUGCCAAGCAGGGCUGGUCCAUUGAGCAGGAAGGCUACGCCGCCUGCAACCCCAUGCAGGUAGGCUUUGCUCGUGCCUUCUGCGACAUCCACUGCGUCCGGGAUGCAGUCAUCAGGGGGGACCGGUCCAUCAUCCGCAAUCUGGAGCUGGCCACCAAAAAAACAAACUUGAACAUGCAGGCUUUGGUGAAAUGGUCAGUGGAGUCGGCUAGGGUGGACAUCGGAUGGAUCGGCGACAAGCUGGAUUACAUGCACGCGAUCAACACCGCCUACUUGCAGGAGAUCCACAACAUGGUGACGCAACAGUCGCAAGCCGACAAGGACAGUCUCCUUCAAAGUGCAAAGGCCGCCACCGAUGCCAUGUUUGUGGAGCUGGCUGGAUAUGCGCAGGCCGCGUCAGCUGAUGAACUCUCCCGCAUCACAGCGAAAAGGGCCCUGGAUGAUUUCCUCAAGACGCCUGACCUCCCAUCCUGGAAGUCUGCCAAUGCCACAGCCGCUGCCUCCUUGUUUGCACGCCUUGAGAACCUGCAUCAGACGUUGCAGCGAGUUGGACAUGGCCGUGAUAAGGGCGAGAUGAUAAGUCGUCAGGUGGCACGGAGCGUACGACACCUGCAGCGACAAGCUAGCUUUCAGCUUCGAACCUUGGGGGUGUACCGCCAGGAGAGCAAUGCCUCUCACCACGCAGCGCGCAGCUCACAGAGCUCUGCGUCUUUGGCCCGCGAACGACAUGAGAUCCUGGUUGCCUUGGACCACAUCUGGUGGCAACUCCGCACAAAACUGGACAGCUACCUGGAUGUUGCAGAGGACGAGGUGCAGGCCUUUCAAAAUUCGCUCACGGAACUCCGCAGCUUCCUCGACUGCAACAAGGGCUUCUCUGACCUGGCCGCCGGCUACGCUGCCAACAUGGCCUCGCUGCGUCACAGUCAUCACUCACUCCGCACCACAUGGCGCCAAGGGACCAAUUUGCUCGGGGAGUUGGCAGCCGUCCUGACUGACUCCGAGGCAUUCAAAACCUUCGUGGCGGAGCAGGGGUGCCAGUCUGGGCUCAUGCGGCAAACGCUUCAGCAACUUCAAAGCGCGAUCUUCGGGAUGGCGUUCCUUCUGCACCGCUUCCGCGUGGCGCACCUUGCAGAACCAGACACUUCGGUGAUCAAGCAGACCACAAAGCGCAUUCAGGAGGCCUAUGCUGCGGCUACCGCCCAGUGCCAGUGA